CCCCUGAUUCUUAUAAUUACUAUAUAGAAAAAAUGGGGCUAACUAGCGGGGAACUGGGUGGAUACAACACGAUUCACAAUGUAACAUAAGUGGAGCGAUAUAAAGAAUGGGCAGAGAAAGUCUAACCUAAUCGGACUUUAGAAAUGUGUUGUUGACCAGACAAAGGAAGAGUUCUACAAAACAAGGUGCUCAUGAAGAAUGGAAUUAACCAUGUUUAACAUUUAACUUUGAUCAUUGAACACACCCUAAUGGAUUACGUAAGCUCUGCUGAACCAGAUGUUGAUGCCUUCAUCUGCACAGAAUGUGGGGAUGGCUUCAGGCGCUACCUUGACUUGGUUAAACACAUUACUGUUCAUGAACGACUCAGGACUUAUGAACGAACAGAUUCAUUUUCCCUUGACAGUUUGCCCAAUGGGUUUCAAGUUCCCCGUGAGUAUGCUCUCCAUGAAAAUGGAACUUUCAUAGUGGUUGACAGAUCUGGACCAUCAAACAACCCUUCUGUCAAGCAGCCAUCUUCAACUCCUUCACCUUAUCAGAAUUCAAAGACCAUUGUACUUACAAGUAAACCAGCCAAAACUGAUCUACGUGUUAACACAGUAUCUCACUCCCAGUGCCGCAGUGUCUCUCCUCUAAAACAGUACCGAUGCGAAACAUGUGGAAAAUCCUUUAACAACAAGCUGAGUUUACAACACCAUCAACAGUAUCGGAAUUUAGAGCAAGGUUUUAAGUGCACCUUGUGUUGCAAGAUCUUCACAGAUAAAGAGAGGCUAAGGGAACAUCUCCAAGAACAUGCCCAUGAAAUAUUUUACUGCUGUGAUCAGUGUGGAAAACGCUUUCUGAAACAAGAGACUCUGUAUGCACAUCAAAAAGAGCAGCAUGGAUCGCUGAGGUUCAAACAAAUGGGGAAGUCAGACAAUAGUCAAGAGAACAUAAUACAGAAAACAUAUCCCUGUAAGAAGUGUAAUCUGUGUUUUUUCUGGCUCUCCGACAUGCAGAGCCACUUACUCAGUCAUUCCAAAGACAAACCAUUAUCUGUGAACUCUUCAUCCAAAAUCGAGCAACAGUCUCAGAAAGAUGAGCUAUCACAUACCAUAGAGUACAGCGACAGCACCCCUACCGAUGUGACCAAACAGUACAGCAGCAGCACCCCUACUACCGAUGUGACCAAACAGUACAGCAGCGGCACCCCGACUACCGAUGUGACCAAACAGUACAGCAGUGACGCAACUGUCGAUGUGAAGACCCAAAAUGGCAAAUCUGAUUCCAAAACACCAUCCUCUUUCAGACCAUACCGCUGUGGUUUGUGUGGAGAUCGCUUCCAGCAGUUAACAGACUUGAAGGAGCAUCAUCUUACCCAUCAAACACAGGAAGAAAUUGACAAGUUAAAUAAGGAUUCAGAGUCACAAAGAGUUGUAAAAAAGUGGCAAAGGUAUACUCGCAUUGAGUGCAUCGUAACAAAAGCACCUGCAAGGAAGGGAGGAAGGCCCCCACUUUAUAAAAAAGGCUCUGGGACAAAAUUACAUCCAUGCAAGCACUGCCACCGUGUAUUCAGUCACUCAAGUAGUCUGUCUCGGCACAAUAGAUCCCACAAGGGGACUCUUCACACUUGUGUUCUCUGUGGGAAACAUUUUCCACAACGCUGUGAUGUCCGGAGGCAUAUAGCCAUGUAUCACAAACCUGAAUUAGAGAAGAAGCCAAGUCUUAAGUACUUGGCAUUGCAUUCUAAACCAGAUGGUGGUUCCCAAUUGAAUUCUGAUGUGUUGGAACAGAAUGUGUCAUCUAAAAUAAAACCCAAAAAGUCUUUAGACAGUGUUGUUACAGAAUUGGACAGUGACAAUGGUGAAGAUCAGCAAACCACAUCUACUGGAGAAGUGUCCGCUGCUCCUAAGGUACGGAGGAACUACAAGUGUGACCAAUGUGGGAAAAAGUUUGGGCUGCUGUGUGUGUACCAACGGCAUUUGCGGUACCACAAAAGGGAACCAGGUAGUGAAAUGGUUAAGUGCCCUCACUGUCCAAGUCGCUUCCGGAGUUCUUCUGCUCUAGGACGCCAUCUUGAGAUUCACCCAAGUCAAUCAAGGGGGGAAAUGGACAUGGAAGGACGGGCAUCUCCCACUGCUGACUCCAAUCCAGACCUGGACUCUGACCAAGACAAUGUAAAGGAUUUAGUGGGUCAUGGGGACAUUGACGAUGUCAAGGGUGGGAAUGGUGAAAAAAUUGGUCCAGCAGAGGUGCUGUACGAAUGCACUGAGUGUACAGAGACUUUUUCCUCCUUGCAGAAGUUUCUGAAGCACCAGAGUUCUCAUGGGUCCGAUAACCUUGGCUAAUGGAAACUAUGCAUGGUAUUUAUAUCUGGAGGUCCGAACCCUAACUUGAGAUCAAUGCACAUACCACAUAUUGUUGCACUGUUAUGCAGACCUCAAUUCAUGAUUUACGAAAGUCCGAGUUACGUGCACGUCUCAAGUUAGGAUUCUUGCCUUGAUGAUGGAGCAGUUGAACAAGUGUUUAAAUUUUUUUUUUUUUUUUAACAAUGACUUGAGGAACUACAACCAGUAUGGUUCUUGGGGUGGGUGGGUCAUUCAUUCUGAACCAGAGUAGGAUGACAUUGAUGUAGCACUGCAUAGAUCGAGAUGGUGACUUAAGAACUGGGAAUUACUGAGAUUUUUUAAUGUAUUUUCUACAAUCAUGUGAAUUUGAGGUUAGUUUUGUAUCAAUGUUUUAGAUUGUUUUGGUUACUUCAGUUAAACCUUUGACAAUACCCCUGGAAAUGCCAUGGGAAUAAUGCCUUAAUAUGCUCAUUAUUGAAGCUAGUAGUCGAGCACAAUUUGCUAAAGACCCAUGGACCCAUGCAAACCGUUAAGAUGGUCUGCGGUAACAAUGACUGUCCAUUUUGUAAAGUAAUUAGAAAUGUUUUUUUUUUACAUGUGCAUUUCCAUUGGGAUUUCACUUAAACUAUUUAAGAGAUUAUUUAUUUGCAAUUGCCAAGCCUUUACAUCCAUGGUGUCUUUCUCAAGAUCAGAAAACCUGUCAAGGUGAGAUGUUCCCCAACUACCAGACCAGGAAUGUUGGUAUCAUUUUGAAAGGCUUUCUCAUGUAUCAUCUUUUCACUAUAUUGUGGCCAUGUCUCUCAAUUCACAAACUGGUUCUGUUAUCUAGAUCCGUGGUUCCCAAUGAGGGGUACUAGGACCUCUGGGAGUACUUAGCCUAUCCACAGGGGGUACUUGAGACCAUAGGCCUACUGUAAAAUGCACAUGAGGGGGUACUUCAGGGGUUGUCUGGGCAGAGCAAAAUUCAGUUGGUGGUACAGUAACCGAAAAAGAUUGGGAACCACUGCCCUCGAUGAUUUCUGCUGCCAGUCCUCCGGGUGGCCACAGAUCUGUUAACGCAUGAUCAUGUUUUUCCUUAGGACACGACAAGGUCCAGUGAUUCCAAUGCAAGCCACACAUAGCAUUGUGAUGUAAAUUAGCCUUUUCAAAUGGUACUGUUGCUUCCUUUACUGCCUUCCAAACAAAUGUAUUGGCCCUGAUUUUAAAUGUGACUUUUUAUGCCAUUAAAGUUUAAAGAAAUGUA